GAGCUUUCUUAAUCCAGAAUAAAAAAAAAAGCUUUGAACCAGAUAUAUUGCAUCUUCCGAAGCCCCUCCUCCCCUUUCAGUGGGACGAUUUCUGUAUAAAAGAGCGACAGGGACUCUUCAGCGCCAGUCGUUACGACUCCGGCUUUGUGGAAAAACAACAACACCGAAACCAAACCUCCACCAUGUGUGACGACGAAGAGGCGGCGGCGCUCGUUUGCGACAAUGGCUCCGGUCUUGUCAAGGCUGGCUUUGCCGGUGAUGAUGCCCCCAGAUGUGUUUUUCCCUCCAUCGUUGGCCGCGCCCGUCACCAGGGUGUGAUGGUCGGUAUGGGUCAGAAGGACGCCUACGUCGGUGAUGAGGCCCAGAGCAAGAGAGGUAUCCUCACUCUCAAAUACCCCAUUGAGCAUGGUAUUAUCACUAACUGGGACGACAUGGAGAAGGUCUGGUACCACACCUUCUACAACGAACUCCGCGUUGCCCCUGAAGAAUCCCCAACAAUGCUCACUGAGGCUCCCCUUAACCCAAAGGCCAACCGUGAGAAGAUGACUCAGAUCAUGUUCGAGUCCUUCAACAUGCCUGCUACUUAUGUGUGCAUCCAGGCUGUCCUCUCCCUCUACGCCUCUGGCCGUACUACUGGUGAGGUUUGCGACUCCGGUGAUGGUGUCUCCCACAUGGUUCCAGUAUAUGAAGGCUUCGCCCUUCCUCACGCCAUCCUUCGUCUGGACUUAGCUGGUCGUGAUAUCACUAACUACCUGAUGAAGAUCCUGACUGAGCGUGGCUACUCCUUCACCACCACCGCUGAGCGUGAGAUCGUCCGUGACAUCAAGGAAAAGCUGUGCUACAUGGCUCUUGACUUUGAAAGUGAGAUGAAUGUAGCUGCUGCAUCUUCAUCCAUUGACAAGUCUUAUGAACUCCCUGAUGGUCAGGUCAUUACCAUUGGUAAUGAGCGUUUCCGUGCUCCUGAAUCUCUGUUCCAGCCUUCUUUCCUGGGUAUGGAAUCUGCCGGUGUUCAUGAAACUGUCCACAAUUCCAUCAUGAGGUGCGACAUCGACAUCAGGAAGGACCUGUUGGCCAACAUUGUCAUGUCCGGUGGUACCACCAUGUAUGCUGGUAUUGCUGACAGGAUGCAGAAGGAAAUCACCACACUUUCCCCCUCAACUGUCAAGGUCAAGAUUAUCGCUCCUCCUGAGAGGAAGUACUCCGUCUGGAUCGGUGGCUCUAUUCUUGGUUCUCUGUCAACUUUCCAGGCCUUGUGGAUCACCAAAGAAGAGUACGAUGAGUCAGGUCCUGGUAUCGUCCACCGCAAGUGCUUCUAAACCUUCAUUUGUCAUCAUAUACUUUCGGAAUCGAACACGGAGCAUAGAAAAUAUGAUAAGGUCAUGAAUUAUUUAUCAGAGUACUUUUGACCUCUUCUAAAGACUGAGAAUAAAAUAUUUUUACAA